AUGGAGACCUGCAUGACCAGGAGAGUCAUUUGCGUAAUGCAGCAGGUUAGAGCCGAUGCUUGGGUUGUAGGUGAUGAUGCGCAGGCUGCUCGACCCAGAACAUUGGUUGACUACAACCGUCCAGAUCAAUACUACGCUAACAAAUCUGCUAUUCGUCCUCUAGCUGUUCAGAUGAACGAUUUCGAACAGAAGCCUCAAUACUUUACACAUGUGGAACAAACACCUUAUUGUGGUCUCCCACAUAAGCAUCCUAUAGACCAUCUGGAGCGGUUCGAAGAUUUGGUUUCUGCCAUUAAAGCCAAUGGAAUCCCUGAGGACUAUCUCAUCUGCAAGCUCUUCAAGUACUCACUAGCUGGAGACGUUUCGCACUGGGGACGUGCUGAAGAGCUCAGAAGCACGAUUGCUACAUUCACACAAGGGCCUAUGGAGUCAUUUAUAAGCUCUUGGAUGAUAUUCAAGUCCUAUCAUAAAGAUUAUCCACACCAUGGAUUCAAUGAAGUGCAACUACUCAACACUUUCUUCAGAGGCAUCUCGCUGGCAUAUCAGAUGGCUCUGGAUACUGCUAAUGAAGGAAACUUCAACACUAGAAAUCCAGAAGAGGCUGUGAGACUCAUUGAGAACCUGACAUCCAACAACAGCACGAAAAACAUUGAUUUUGAGAGGAAGAUUUCAGCCACUACUCUUGGGAAUGAGGAGUUGGACGAUGUCAAUGCCAAACUAGAUAGCGUUCAUAAGCUUGUCAAAAAGCAUGUUAGUUUUGUAGAAGAUAUAAAAGCUGUAGACGUCGAUAGUGAUAGAAACGACGAGGAAGAUGUGAACUUCAUUAGUGGUACUGGUUUUCAGAAUCAGAGGUCUGGGAAUCAUAGUGGAUACAUAAACUCCUAUGGCAAUGGACAGAAGAGAAACUACAACCAGAGUUCACAGUACCACAAACCCUACAUCAACAACUACAACAACAGUAACAAACCCUACGGAAACUCUUCUUACUAG